UUUGACAUUUGAAAAUUGUUAUAGGCAAAGAGAUUUAUGUUCUAAUUUAUGUGAUAACUGCUAACUUAGCAAUUACUGUAUCUUUUAAUAAAUCAAUAUAAUGGAGGAAAAUGUAUCAUUGGAUGCAAAUAAGCAGAAAGAGUUUGUUAAAUCCGUGAAAGGCAUUAAAAAAUUGUUAGCUAAAAAGGAUAUAGAUAAGCAAACGGAAGAUGGAGCACCCGAAGAUAAGCUUGAAAAGAAAAAAAUCCGAAAACCUAAAGGUUUAGUGUACUUAUCACAUAUACCACAUGGUUUUUAUGAGCAUCAAAUGACCCAAUACUUCAAACAAUUUGGUGGUGUUACCAAUGUCCGAGUAAUCAGAUCACCAAAAACUGGAAAUUCUAAGGGAUGUGCAUUUGUUGAGUUUUACGAUCCUUCUGUGGCUCAAAUUGUAGCUGAAACCAUGAACAAUUAUUUGAUGGGAAAGAGGCUUAUCAAAGCUGUGUAUAUUCCACCAGAAAAACAAAGAAGAGCAUUUCGAAAAAAUUGGAGUAAUAAUAAUAAUCCUAGAGUCAACAGUUUGUUAAAACUGAAAAAGGAACACAAUUCAAUUAAAUCUACUGCUGAUGACUUAAAGAUGGCAAGAAAUAUCAUAAAAACGUUAAACAAAACAAAAACGAAGUUAAAAGAACUGGGUAUUGAUUAUGAUUUCUUCCAGCCAGUAGAUAUACCUGAAGAAAUUGAGUUAAAACCUAAUUCAAGUGUAGAAAUUGAUGUCAAAAUUAAGAAUGAACAAAAUGAUAAUAAUGAUAAGAAUAAAAGCGUAAAAGAGAAUAAUAAUAAACGAAACAAAACACAGGAUAUUCAAAGCAUUUCAGUUAAAAAGACAAAAGAUGCGAAGAAUAUUAAGUUAAAAAAUGUUAAGGAACUUGAUGAAAAAGUUAAAAAUACAAAUCCUAAAAAGGAAAAAAAAGUUAAAGAUAAUGUGACUAUAUCUAAACCUAAAGAUGUUACUAAAAAGAACAAAAAUCAUGAUGAACCUAAGAGAGAGGAAAAAGAAGGUAAAGAUUUGAAAACAGAAAAAAAUAAAAAAGUAGUUAAAGGCAAGGGCAUAAAACAAACUGAGGAAAUUAUUGAUGUCCAAAAAGGUAAACAGCAGAAAUUGAAGAACUCCGGAGUUAAGCCUAUGGAAGACUUCAUCAGUAUACAGGAAUCUGAUGGUGACAGUGAUGGGUCUUUGGAGUUUGAUUCUGACGAAUUUGAAAGGUUAAUGAAUGAAAAUGACUCUGUGGGAUCCUCGGAUGAUGAUGAUGAUUCUGGUGAUGAUGAUGAAAUAAUUAAUGAAAAAAUUGAAGUACAGAGCAAUAAAAAAUCAGUGAAGCCUAUUCUUAAGCCAAGUGUUAAUGUGAAGAAGAAUAAAGUGCAGGACGGUAAACCAAAACAACAGGCAGCAUUAAAAAGGAAACAGGAACAGAAAACUGUUUCACCACCCAAGAAAGUUAAAUUUGAAAAACAAAACAAGAAAACCUUUAAUAAAGUGAUAAAGAAACGGAAAUAAAGUUUUUAUUAAAUUA